CAUUAACACGACCAAUAUCAUCCAUAGAGAAAGUCCAAUAACAAAGCAGGGCUUAAAUUCUUAAAGAUGUCAGAAUUGCGGCAUACAGAAAGCGUGAUCUCAUAUCAGGGUGAUUCUUUAAAUUUAGAGAAGGAAAUAAGUCCGCAAUCAACUGAUACUAAAGAGAGUAUAAAAGUUUUGUACACGAAUCUCAAGCGAUUAACAAUCACUCCCCGGUCCAGUGGUGAUGGUAUAAGCUCAGAUAUUAAUUCAAACCAACGCUUGACUGACGGUUUCUCGAGUCUAACGCCUUUCUCGUUUGAUCGACACUAUGCAGAGACGCAGAAAAUAGUAGCAGAAAUGGCUUUUCGAAAUUGGGUUGCUGAGAAGCUUAAGAAACAAGCACUGGAAGCCAAGAGACGCAGACAAAUGCAGAAGCAAAAAUUGCUGGAAUUGAGACAACGUUCUCAAUUGACUGAUGUGAAAUAUAAGGAGUGGUUGCACAAUAAAAAUGUUCAGCGAAGAUUGCAGGUACUUAAAAAAGAAGAAGAAGAAAAGAGUUUAAAGAGCUUUGAAAAUCAGAAACAUAACUUGAGCACUGAAGAAAUUCAACAGAAGAUUAGGCAAUGGGAAAAAUUGAAGUGGGCAGAGGCGAAACAUAAGCGUCUUCUGGAAUAUGAAAAUGAAUUGCGUGUAAAUAGAGAAAGAGAAGUACGACAACAGCUCGCUAAAGAAGCCUUUGAGAGAUGGUUACGUGAUGUAGAUAAGAAACCUAAGCCAGUGCCAUUGAAUCGUGGUUUGUUUACUUUGCGCGGUAGUGUUUCUUACAUGUACGUCAAUCCAAAUGAAUGGCAGAGUUAAAAUUUAUUUGUUAAGUAAUUGUUCUUUUUUGUGGAUUGCAGUGCAGUUUC